AUGGAGGUUGGCACAAACUAUUCGUCAUUGCAGACCAAAGAGCUCGCAGCGUGGAUGACAUCGCUGGGCCUGGAUCUGAAUAAUCUGACGUCUUCUGAACCGUUUGACCCGGUGGACAUGCUGGUGCGCUGCUCUCUCGACUUCGGCAUCCCAGUCCUGCUUACCUUCUCUUUAAAGAACGUGAUCAUGGUCAACAACAAGCGUUUAAUUAUGGUCCUCCGGCCAAGGCAAGACGUCCUAAACGAUACGGUGGACUCGGAGAACCUGGGCGAUUUAGGGGGAACAACGAUGGCAUACUCCGCGUUUACAUCGCUGCCCCCCUCAAAAAGGGACAUCACACUGCCAGGCGUUGCCAUGACAGCGAACCAGCUAUUCUUUGUCGGCCAUUGCACCCCAUGGUGUGAGAAACGGACAACGAACUCACCGCCGUGGCUCGCUGGCUACGAUCGCUACCCACCUGGCCGCUCUCGUUGCAUCGUGCCACUUAUGAACAUGCCCGAGUUCUCGGAUGCAUUCCACUGCAAGCAGGGGUCGUACAUGAACCCGCCAAACAAGUGCAUGUUCUGGACUUGA